AUGGCGGGAUCCAGUCAAGACAACUGUUCUUACACCGCAUGCCCAGACUAUGGCCAUCUUGGCGUGGCUUUCGUUUGCUACAAAGGCUAUUACCUGCCAUCUUAUUUUCAAGAAGAUAAAAUCAUGGAUCGGGAACUCGAAGACUUUGAUUUAACCAAAGACGACGUAUUGGUGGUCGGUUUUCCAAAAUCUGGAACGAGCCAAAUGAUUUGGUUAUUGCGAGAGAUGUAUGCCGACUGGGAUUUGGUCAACGUUCUCAAUCGGAACGUAGUCCCGAUGUUGGAAUGGUGCGUCAAUCAACAGCACACCGAAGGUACUUCGGGCAUUGCUAAGAAAACUUUCCUUGAAGAUCCGUGUCUAUCGGGGUCAGGUCGACGCUUGAUUAAGUCUCAUUUGCCCUAUGACAUGCUACCGCGAACGGCACGGAGUGGAGACAGUUGCAAGAUCAUCUAUGUGACUAGAAAUCCUAAAGAUGUAUGUGCGAACUUUUACUACUUGGAGCGGUCUUACCUUCCCAUGACGUCACCGGACGUCGUGAUGACUUGGGAAGAGUUUGUGACCAAUUUCGUCGAGGGGCGGGUAGUCUACGGACCGUGGAUGAACGUCGUUAUGGAGUGGUGGCAGCACAGAGCCGAUGAAAAUAUCUUGCACGUUACCUACGAAGAUUUAAUCACCAAUCCGACAGACGUGAUUAAAAUGGUUGCCGAGUUUCUCGGACGCCCAUUGACCGACAAAGUUAUAAAAACAAUCGCCGCUUUUACAACUUCCGAAGAAAAAGUGAUAAAAGUUGGUGGAGUUCAAUUUAAGAAGGGUGUGACCGGCGAGUGGAAGAACCACUUCACUAAAGAGCAGAGUGACCUUUACGAUAGGACAAUAGGUGUCGGGCUAGCUUACAAAGGAUUAGACUUUUUGUACGAGCCUGUCGGCAAUAAACUGGCCUUCGAUUACAAUGUCACCAAUAGAUUUGGUUUUACGUUUACUAUAAAUACACCUAGUACGAGUAUGUAG